AUGUAUUUAAUGUUCCUGGCCAAUCAGGGAAGCGAUAGAAAAAUAUCUGAUGCAAUGUACAUGAACCCGGCACAAAGUACAACGUGUGAUCUGAUGUCUGAUGCAAUGCUGACCAUCACCACCAAGGAGGGGAGUGAUGGUGAUGGUUGUGAUCAGAGUUGUGAUGAUGAUGAUGAUGGUCCCUGGGUUGUGAUGGAUGAUGCUGACGUGGGAUGUGAUGAGGAGGAAGUUUCUGAUGUCUCCAACGAUGGCGAGGAUGAUUCCGACACAAGCUCUAAUGAGGAGAGAACUUCAUAUGUCAUCUGUGAUGACUUUGACGAUGCUAAGGUAGGUGGUGCUGAGAAAGAAACUGUUGGUGCAACCAAUGAUGACGAGGAUAAUGCUGACGUGUGCUGUGAUGAGGAGGAAACUACUGAUUCCACCAAUGAUGACGAGGAUGGUGCUGACUUGGGCUGUGAUGAGGAGGAAACUACUGAUGCCACCAAUGAUGACGAGGAUGAUUCUGACGUGGGCUCUAAUAAGGAGGAAACUUCUGAUGUCUCCAACGAUGACGAGGAUGAUGCUGACGUGGGAUGUGAUGAGGAGGAAGUUUCUGAUGUCUCCAACGAUGGCGAGGAUGAUUCCGACACAAGCUCUAAUGAGGAGAGAACUUCAUAUGUCAUCUGUGAUGACUUUGACGAUGCUAAGGUAGGUGGUGCUGAGAAAGAAACUGUUGGUGCAACCAAUGAUGACGAGGAUAAUGCUGACGUGUGCUGUGAUGAGGAGGAAACUACUGAUGCCACCAAUGAUGACGAGGAUGAUUCUGACGUGGGCUCUAAUAAGGAGGAAACUUCUGAUGUCUCCAACGAUGACGAGGAUGAUGCUGACGUGGGAUGUGAUGAGGAGGAAGUUUCUGAUGUCUCCAACGAUGGCGAGGAUGAUUCCGACACAAGCUCUAAUGAGGAGAGAACUUCAUAUGUCAUCUGUGAUGACUUUGACGAUGCUAAGGUAGGUGGUGCUGAGAAAGAAACUGUUGGUGCAACCAAUGAUGACGAGGAUAAUGCUGACGUGUGCUGUGAUGAGGAGGAAACUACUGAUGCCACCAAUGAUGACGAGGAUGAUGCUGACGUGGGCUCUAAUAAGGAGGAAACUUCUGAUGUAUCCAACGAUGACGAGGUUGAUGCUGACGUGGGAUGUGAUGAGGAGGAAGUUUCUGAUGUCUCCAACGAUGGCGAGGAUGAUUCCGACACAAGCUCUAAUGAGGAGAGAACUUCAUAAGUCAUCUGUGAUGACUUUGACGAUGCUAAGGUAGGUGGUGCUGAGAAAGAAACUGUUGGUGCAACCAAUGAUGACGAGGAUAAUGCUGACGUGUGCUGUGAUGAGGAGGAAACCACU